ACCCAAAUGUGACAUGGCGGCGUCUGCUGUACUGUGUUGAAGAGAAAUAAAGUUAGACUGAGGCGAAUUUUUUCACACAAAUAUUUCUAAAUUUAAUUCAAUUUUUUAUUUGAAUUUAAUUAAGUUUUCAACAUUAAAUCAUUGAAAAACUAUUACAAAAAUCAAUUUGCCAAUAAUUAAGCUUAUAUAUUGCAUAAUAAAGAGCAUUAAAAAAACACGAACAUCUACUUCACAACGACGGCAAAGAGACAUCGCCUUCGUCGAUUCCAAAGUGUAUUGCCACCACCAAUCAGCGCAGCCAUCAGUCGGUAAUUUUUUCUUUUCCUCAUCCUUCUUGCGACAGAAAAUUUAAAAUUCCAGAUUGAAAAAUUUUUUCACACACAAAAAAUAAAAAUUUAAUAUAAAAUAUUAAACAAAAUGCAGCGAAGUAAAAUAUAAAAAACUUGAGAGAAAAAAAAAAACAGAAAAGAUACGUGGGCAAGUUAAGACCCUUCGUAUAUAUAUAUAUGUACCAAGACCAGGCGCAGUCAAAGUUUUUCUUUCCAAUUUUUCUCUUCUACGAGUAAAAUAGAAAAGUUACAGAAAUUUUUUUUACUUUUUAAUUCUGCGACUGAAAAUCACAACUUAAUCACAUUGUGUCAAUAAAAAAAAGCAAAAAAAAGAGCUCCAACUAACCAAAGCACACAUAGCUUGCUCUGCGAACCGCGAGCUGCUUGCGGUAGGAAAAGGCGCAGCCCCUUGCUUUUUUGCCUUUUGCAAUAUAUAUAUGGUCGAGAACGACGACGAGUGUCAGACGCACGGAAAAGGAGAAGUGAAAAAAUCAAAAAAAAAAAAAAAUGAAGUAAUUUCCAAUUCAAUUUGCGAACAAAUCGAUUAAACAAAAGGAAAUAAAUAAACUAAAUACACCAGAAACUGAAACAAAUAGAAUCAGACAAAAAAAAGUAUAAAAUAAACUAUCAAUUAAGUUGAGAGAGGAACUACAAGAUAAUCAUUGAAAUAUCUGUAUAGAGACAUCCAAAAGAAUUUGCAUUGAUGGUAAUGCAUGCUAGAAAACCGCAACGUAUGAGCGAUGGGUACUUUGAGAAGCAUCAAUCCCAUUCUUAUCAGAGUUCGAAGUAUAGCUCAAAACGCGACUAUGAUCGAGAGGCUUCAAGUAGAUCAAGUUAUCGUGAACGUGACAACACCCCUACUGGUGGUUCGCUAAACAAUGGUAAUAGUUCAUAUCGAUCACAAUCCCCUGAGAUAGAUUCACCAUCGUCUAGACACGAUAUACGUGGUGGUGAUAGAGAUCGUGAUCGCGAUAGGUUCAGUUACAUCCAAAAGAUGAGGGAUCGUGAUCGUGAUGUCUACAAAAAGGACAAAUAUUCUGGUAAUUACUAUAAACGAGAUAGACGUGGGAACGAUCGGGAAACUGAACACCGCACGAAUCAUGAUAGAAUUGAUCGUCGUUCGAAACUAUGCUCUUCAAGUGGCGAUAAGCGUUCUGGAUCGGAUGACAGAGACCGUGAUCGAGAAAGAGAAAUAAGAGAUGGAAAAAGAGAUAGAAACGAUCGGGAUCGAGACAGGGAUAGAGAACGUGACAGAGAUCGUGAUCGCGAUCGCAAUGAUCGAGAUAGAGAUCGCGAACGCGAUAGAAAUGAUAGAAGUGAAAGAGCUUCCUGUGCAAGUGAUUGGAGUGAACAUGUCAGUUCGUCUGGUAAGAUGUAUUACUACAACUGCAAAACUGAAAAAUCACAAUGGGAAAAACCAAAGGAGUGGGUUGAAAAGGAAAGAACUCUUACACGAGAUCAACAUAGGGAAAAGGAUUAUAGAGAAAAGGAACGCGAGAGGGAACGUGAAGACAGAUUUUCUAGAUCUGCAGCCUACACAAAACAUUCCAGUUCUCGAGGAAAUUCCCGUUUGAGGUGGGGCUAUGAAAAUGAUGGUGGAGGACCUCCAACUCAUAGACGACGAAUCGAAGAUAAUCCAGAUAUGGAUAUAAGUCCAGGAGAUUCGACACCAACAUCUGAAGCUAGCUAUUCACUGACGGGCACUCCCAACACAGCCCAAUUAAAUGAUCAAUCUGCCCCUUUAACAAUUGGAUCAUCGACAGUUGCAGCUGGUGGUGCUGCUACUGUACUAUUACCGAAUGCAUUGCCCCGUCUCGCAUCACAUCCAACAAAUGUUUCGGUGGUUUCAUCUCAAAUGCAUUUUACUACGUCGGCUUCCAGUGGUGGUAACGUGAAUAUGGGCGGUUCAGGAGCGCAAUCUAACAACAGUAAUCACAGAAAGCUUGAGUCUGUAGUUCAACAAGUGAAUCUUUCCGUUUCUCCUCCCAUUCAAGCAACUACUGGUUCGCAAAAUUCAAGUGGAACGUCGAAUCAAAAUGAUCAUCAUAUGAAUUCAAAUGCUCCCGGACCCCCAAAAUUGGGCACAAAAUCAUUGGAAUCAAUGGACAUGAACUCCCAACAAAAGGGUGCAAUGCUUCGACAGGCCCACGGAAUUUCUGUAGCUGGCGCAUCGGACACAAAUGCUCCAUUAAUGGAUGUCCAUCAUACAGGGACUGUGCCCGGAGUAAUUAGUUUAAGAGAUAAUUCACUUAAUUCGCCACACUAUAAUCUAUCGCAUGCACACGGUAUGUCACCGUUGAAUUACUCAAAAAGUCCGAUAACUGGAACAAACAAUAGCACUUCUGUCGGUCCGUACCCAUGCAGCCAAUUCGGGCUAAAGACUGUCGAGGGCGUCAAUCCAAAUAUGGUUGGUUGUCCUACUAGUUUAACAAAUGCAUCUCUAUCGAGUGGUGGUGUUGUGUCCAGUGGCAACGGUGGACACAGUGGCGGCGUAGAAGGACCACCAACUCCAACACAAGAGUUAGAUAUAAGCGGCAACACCACAGAGCAAAGAAAGUUGGAAGGUACAUCAGCAUCGCUUAGUACUUUACAAAGCUGUGUGGCUACAGCGGGUCAGGCCGGUCGAGGACAAGGACCUGAUUUGUCUCCAAAAUUAGCAAAGUAUUUUAGAGCCGAUUUGAUAACGCACGUGACAAAUUGGCCAGCCGACAUUUUGGAAAAACAGGCCCAAAAAUGUUCUGAGGAAACUCACGCGCAUGGUGACCUGCAAUGCACGAAAGUAUCCGCCGAAUUAAAAUCAGCUAGAAGUUUAGUUAGAAUAACAGAAAUAACAGCAACGCUACAAGAACAAAAAAUUAUGUAUCUUCGUCAGCAAAUUCGUCUAUUAGAGGAAUUAAAAUCCCAAAAUUCAUUUAUGUCAGAUGAUCUUUAGCCAAUAUUUAAAUUGUAUUAAAUUAAAAAAUAAAAAAGGAAGAAAAUUAUAUAUAUAAUAAUAAUAAUAAUAAAGAAUAAUUUUAGAAAUAAUAAAAAUUAGUUAUAAAAUAUCUAAAAAAACAAAAACAAAUCAAGUUAAAAAAAAAUCAUAACAGAAAGGAGACAAACACAUUUUUAAAUCUAACCACACACCCAACAACAACAACAACUAUAAAUUACACAUACAUAUACACACUCACGAUAUAUUUAUUAUUUGAUAAAAAAGAAAAGUAAAAAAAAGAGAAAAACCAACCACACGAUUAAUUCUUUGUUAAUGUAAAUAAGUAUAUAAUCUAAUAUGCAAUAGAUAUUUUUUAAGUAGGUAAAUACACAUGAGCAUUCAAAUGGAAUAGAAGAAUUCAAAUUAUGUAUAAUAUGAAUCCAGUGUUGUAAUGUUAUCAUACAAUAUUUUUAUUUUAUCAAAAACCAUCAGACGUAUCAUGUACCAUGUUUAAAUCAUUGAGAAAAUAGGAAAAAUAAAUAAGCUGAAAGUCCAAAAAAUAAUACAAAAAUAACAAAUUAUUAUGCACUGAACUAUAAGAGUUCUAACUUAAAAUUAGUAAAGCGUGGGGAAUACAUUACAUAUAAACCACUGAAUGAGGUAAACAUUAAUUUUUGAGCGGUAUCCAACACAAAAUUUUACAUACAUAUUUUCAAAGAAAACGUCUUUUCGUCUUUUAAUCUACAGUUGUGGUUUUAUCAAAGUUGAUUAAUUUUAUUUUUAUUUCAAAAAUACUUUUAGCUUUCCUAUUUUAUAUUAGGUAAAAUAAAAACCAGGUUAAAUGCUCAUUUUUAUUUACAACUUGUUUUCAACAAUAAAUGAACUGAACAUUUAUGUUUAAAGAUUUCAUAAAUAAGCUAAUAGAACCAUUUUUAAUUAUUGUUUGUUUCACAUUACUUUUAAAAGCAAGAAGUGGCAGAUUGACUAUUUUGUUAAAACAAAUCAAAGAGUCACUCCACGCUUCAUUUUUGUUCAUUAUAAAAGCUGAUCAUUUAUUUUGUAUAUAUUUGUAGUAACUUUUUUAAAAAAGGUCUUUUUUCCGUAGUUUAGGAAAUU